GUCCAUGCCAUGCUAUCAUUGUGUAAUAAGCCAAAAAGAGGGUGUUGCCUCUCACCUCCAUCAUUCAUUCGACCCAAGGCAUCCAAGAGGAGUAAAAGAGCUCUGCAACUCCAUUCUUUCAUAGCUAAUUUCGAGCUCAAGUCCAAGGCAUCCAAAGAGGGAGUUUAAAGAAGGGAAAAAGGGAAGAAAAGGUGUGGUGAUUAAGGAACUCGUAUAAGGUGAUUCAAUAGCUUUCACAAAGUUGAAGGAGUCGCCGGAAUAGUCGCCGGAGUUCAACCAAACUCGCCGGAGUUUCACCGGGGUUCAACCGAGAAGGGUAGAACUUCAUAACGCUCAUUCGAGGUUGAAGCUAAGGCUAGCUAUCCAUACUUUGCUUGGUGAAGUAUUCCAAAGGAAGACGUGGUUCGUGCUUCCUUUACUGUUUUAAACUACAAACUUGCUCAUGGAUAUUUUGUAAUAAAUACAUUUGCUUUGGGCCUGCGUGCCUACGUUUUGGCCAAGUGUGGCCCACGAUUGAAUAUUGAAUAUUUCCGCUAUUCGUUCAAUCCUAUUAUGUGAUGUUGUUAUGUAUGUUUACUUACUGAGUAUGGUAUGGACUAUGUUCAUGGACGCCUUGUUUGACUAAGUCACGUUGACUUGUGGGUGACGUCAUUUAGUCAUACGGCGGUUGUACACGCGCUCAGAUGCGGUCUGGGGCGUGACAAUUAAGUGGUAUCAGAGCCAUCUCAGUUUCUAAACUAUGUAAUCAACCCCUCACAAGAGAUUUUACAAAAGAGUUUUACCGAAAACCAUGAGCAUUGUAUUUUGACGCUUAUAGAACUAUUGUUACCUAAGUUGCAAGGUCUCUAAUUGUUAAGAUGGUACCCUUAACAAUUGGUAUGGCGGUGACUUGGGCCAAUACGUGUCUAUAACGUUUUCCGUCAAUUGACAUUGAUUGGAGUCUAAUGACUGGUCCAAAUUCCUUUUCAGAAAUGGAGGGUAGGCGCAUGCACACCAGAAACAAUCCGGGAGGGCAAGCACCGAUAGCUUCUGUUGAAGCUAGCCGGGCUGCAUCUCGAAGCUCUAGAGGUGGAAGAGGAGGCCGUGGAGGCCGUGGAGGUCGUGGGGGCCACUGAGCCCAAACAGUGAGUGAUGGCCACGUGAGUUCGGUGUACGAGACUAACACCGAGAACUACGACUCUACUUAUGUUCCCGAAACGGAACACAAGGAGACCCCAUACGAUGGGGGUGAUUUUCACACCGAUGAUGAUAAUGAUGAUGAAAGCGAUGCCCGGUUUGCCCAAAUGGGGGAACUUCUAGAGUGGUAUCAAAAGGAGAAACAAAGGAGAGACAUGAGACGCCAAGCGAGGCGUGCUUCUCAAGGUGUUUCGGCUCAAGGAAGCCGUGGAGCUUCAAGGGCCACGCCUGUGGCGCCACAAGGUGGGCGUGAGGGAGGUUCUAUAGUGAGAAUCUCCAAAUACCUCAAGGAGGCUAGGGCCUUGGGGUGUAGGUCCUUUGACGGCACCGGCGACAUUACCAUUGCCGCCGAUUGGAUCAAGAAGGUGAAGGAUGCAUCGAGAGACAUGCAAAUUACUCCGGACGUGAAGUUAACUGUCGCUUCACGGUUGCUUGAGGGGAUGGCUUCCACAUGGUGGGAAGGUGUGGAAGGGAAAUACCGUGGGGACAUCUCAUGGGAAAAUUUUGAAAGGGAGUUUUACGCCCAAUACUACUCCGAUUUCGAGGUUAAUGUGAAAAGGAGGGAGUAUACCAACCUCAAGCAGAAAGAGGGUUGUACUGUUAAGCAGCUGGAGCAGGAGUUUAGAACCUUGGCUAGGUUCUUACCGGAGUAUGCGAUCGAUGAGGACCGCAUGACUGAGCACUUUUGGGAUGCCUUGCUUUUAGACAUUCGAGACCGUGCUACAUACUCACGCCUCAUGACUUUCAGUGAGGUGGUAGAACAGGGCAUGCUGGGAGAGGCCCAGUGGUAUGAGAGGAAAGCAAGGGAUGCCGAAGAGGCAAAGAAGAGAAAGUGGAAUAGUUCGGGGCCGCCCGAUCAUUCCCGAAGGAACAACCACGGUGGUGGUGGUGGUGGUUCAUUCAAGGCACCGGCUCCACCGGCAAAGAAGAAUAGAGACGCGAGGUGGCACGGACAUAGGCCACAAAACCCGGGGGCACCGAGAUGUCCCAAUUGCUCAAAACAGCACUUUGGGAAGUGCAAUGAACCACCGAGAUGUUUUAAAUGCGGGAAUGCGGGCCAUAUGAAGGCCAAUUGCCCUCAAUUGAUGCAAGAGAGUGCAUCGGGAGCCGGGGGAGGGACCAUGACGGGAAGAAACCGUGCGGGACCGUCACACGGUGGCACGGGAAGAGGCGGCGCGUCAACAAGCAAUGUCGCGUCCGUUAAUCAAGGCGGGGCCCAAGCAAGGGUCUACGCGAUGACCGAGGCCGAUGCCCGGGCUAACCCCGACUCCGUUGCAGGUAAUUCCUUGUUCAUACUUGUAAUGUUCAUAUACACGUGUGUUUUAAGCUUUAGGGAGAAAUUACGAGUUAACCGACGGCAUUUCCGGCUCGUUUUCGGGCGAAAAACGAAGUUGGACUGCCCAGGGAUGAACCGGCGCUGGUCUGGGCUUGACCCGGCGCCGGUCUGCUGUAAAAUGAUGAACCGCGGGCUGGCAGUAGCUUACCCGGCGCCGGCCAAGGGGGCAACCCGGCGCCGGCCCGAAAAAUUUCCCGGAGGGUGCUAUCCAGUAGCUUACCCGGCGCCAGCCAGGGGGGAACCCGGCGCCGGUCCGGGGAGAAUAUUUCCGAUGUUUCGCUCCAGGGGAUACCCGGCGCCGGUCUAGUCCAUACCCGGCGCCGGCCCAGUUCAUUUUUGCCACUUUUUGAUUCCAGUAGCUUACCCGGCGCCGGCCAGGCCUAUACCCGGCGCCGGUCCAGUGUAUUUUCGUCCGAAAAUUUUCGUUUAGCCCUAUUUUCGGCCUGGUACGUGUGUAGUGUGUCUUACAUGACUUAUAUAUGUAGGAACCUUAAAGAUCAAUGGUAGAAACGCAAGAAUUCUCAUUGAUACCGGGGCACAACGUUCAUUCGUGAGUGAAGCGUUUGCCGAAGGGUUAGGCGUACCGUUGAUAGCAAUGACCCAACCCUUGUUAGUCUCUACACCGUUGGGAGACGAUGUGGAGAGGAAACACUACUAUCCAUCGUGUGAAGUAGAAGUAACGGGUCAACCCUUGACUUGUGACUUCGUACCUCUAAGUAUGUUGGAGUUCGAUGCAAUCCUAGGGAUGGAUUGGCUCGAGAAGUAUCAUGCUCGGGUAGAUUGUUAUGCCAAGGUGUUAGAGCUCGAAGACGCUGAUGGAAACGCUCUAUGUUUCGAGGGAGAUCGGGGAGGAUCUCAUAGCUGUAUCAUAUCCGUGAUGAGUGCACGGAAGAUGAUGAAGGAGGGAUGCCACGCAUACCUGGCUUACGUAGUUGACGAGACAAAGAAGGAGGCUGACAUCAACGAUGUACGCGUCGUGUGCAAGUACCCGGAUGUCUUUCCAAAAGACUUGCCGGGACUUCCACCCGAUAGAGAGAUCGAGUUUGUGAUCGAAGUAGAGCCGGGAACAAAACCCAUUUCGAUUCCUCCUUAUCGAAUGGCACCGGCAGAGCUUCAAGAGUUGAAGGUCCAAUUGCAAGAGCUAUUGGACAACGGCUUCAUUAGACCUAGUCAUUCACCGUGGGGAGCACCAGUACUCUUCGUGAAGAAGAAGGAUGGUACAUUGAGAAUGUGCAUAGACUACCGACAGUUGAACAAGGUCACAAUCAAGAAUAGGUACCCUUUACCGAGGAUUGAUGACUUGUUCGAUCAACUUCGGGGGGCGAUGGUGUUCUCAAAGAUUGAUUUGAGGUUGGGGUAUCAUCAGUUGAAGAUCAAGGAGAGUGACAUACCCAAGAGUGCAUUCCGCACUAGAUAUGGUCACUAUGAGUUUCUUGUGAUGUCAUUUGGGUUAACCAAUGCACCGGCAGCCUUCAUGGACUUGAUGAACCGAGUGUUUAGUGAAUACUUAGAUCAAUUCGUGAUAGUAUUCAUUGAUGACAUCUUGAUAUACUCCAAGAACGGGGAGGAGCACGAACAUCACUUGAGGCUUGUACUUGAACGACUUAGAGAAAAACAACUCUUUGCCAAGUUCUCCAAAUGUGAAUUUUGGCUCAAAGAGAUUGGCUUCCUCGGGCAUGUUAUAUCCGGUUCGGGCGUUGCUGUGGAUAACGCCAAGAUAAACGCCAUCAUCGAUUGGGAGAGACCCAAAAAUGUGAAAGAAAUACGUAGUUUCCUUGGCCUAGCGGGAUACUAUCGUAAGUUCGUCGAGAAAUUCUCCGUGUUGGCAUCUCCAUUGACGAAGCUCACAAAGAAGGGGGCUAAGUUCAUAUGGGAUGACAAAUGUGAGAAAGGGUUUCUUGAACUGAAGAAACGACUCACGGAGGCACCAGUUCUUGCUCUACCCAAACAGGGGAUAGGGUACGAUAUCUAUAGCGAUGCUAGCAUCCAAGGACUUGGAUGUGUGUUGAUGCAAAGGGGUAAGGUGAUUGCCUACGCUUCAAGACAAUUGAGGAAACAUGAAGUGAACUACCCUACUCACGAUCUAGAGUUGGGGGCGGUGGUGUUUGCACUGAAAAUUUGGAGGCAUUAUCUCUACGGGGAGACAUGUCACAUUUAUACCGAUCAUAAGAGCUUGAAGUAUAUAUCCACUCAGAAAGAGUUGAAUAUGAGACAGAGGAGAUGGAUGGAGUUGAUCAAGGACUACGAUUUGAUCAUCGAUUACCAUCCCGGAAAGGCCAAUGUAGUGGCCGAUGCACUGAGCAGGAAGAGUACGUCGGGGACGUUACUCACAUGUCUUCGGGCAUUGAGGGCACGUGUAAAGGUGUCCACGUGUGGGACCCUCAUUGCUAGAUUCGAGGUUAGGCCUACACUGCUGGGUGAGAUCAGUAGAUGUCAGGCCAUUGAUGAGGAAUGUCAGAAGAUCCGUGAACGGAUCCUUGAGGGGCCUGUUGAGAACUUUCGUAUACGUGAUGAUGGUCUGUUGUUAUUUAAGGAUCGUGUUUGCAUACCAAAGGAUGAAGGGCUCCAAAAGUCCAUACUUGAGGAGGCUCAUUCUUCGGCCUAUGCCAUGCAUCCAGGGGGUACUAAGAUGUACCGAGACUUAAAAGAAAGUUAUUGGUGGUCAGGGAUGAAGAGAGACAUCGCAGAAUAUGUGAGUCGAUGCCUUACUUGCCAGCAGGUUAAGGCGGAGCAUCAACACCCGGCAGGACUUUUACAGCCACUUACCAUUCCAGAAUGGAAGUGGGAACAUGUGACCAUGGACUUCGUGGUAGGGCUACCACGGACAGUGAACAACUAUGACGCAGUUUGGGUAGUGGUUGAUAGGCUCACCAAGAGCGCACACUUCUUACCUAUCAACAUUACUUAUCCUCUUGAAAGGUUGGCCAAGUUAUAUGUGGAGGAGGUCGUGAGAUUGCAUGGAGUCCCGAUAUCCAUUGUCUCUGAUAGGGAUCCACGAUUCACGUCCAGGUUUUUUGCCAAAGUUUCAAGCAUCAUUGGGUACUAAACUGAAGUUUAGCACAGCCUUUCACCCACAGACAGAUGGACAAUCUGAGCGGGUGAUACAGAUUUUGGAAGACAUGCUUAGGGCAUGUGCCUUGGAGUUCCAAGGGAGUUGGGACAAACACCUGGCUUUGGUGGAGUUUGCCUAUAACAACAGUUAUCAGGCAAGUAUCGGCAUGCCUCCGUACGAGGCACUGUACGGGAGGAAAUGUAGGACACCAUUGUGUUGGGACGAGGUUGGUGAGGCCAAGCUCGAGGGAAUAGAACUUGUUGAGAUCACCAAGGCUAAGGUGAAAAUAAUUCAUGACAGACUUAAGGCUGCCCAAGAUCGGCAGAAGAGCUAUGCAGACAAACGGCGGAGGCCGUUGGAGUUUGAGGUCGGGGAUGAAGUUUUUCUAAGGAUUUCUCCUUGGAAAGGUAUCAUCCGGUUCGUAUCAAGGGGUAAGCUUAACCCCCGAUACAUUGGUCCGUUUGAAAUCCUGGAGAGGAUUGGGGCCGUAGCUUAUCGCCUCAAACUGACACCCGAACUUGGGAAGAUUCAUGAUGUAUUUCAUGUAUCAAUGCUCAAGAAGUAUGUACGGGACCCAUCGCAUAUUCUUGAGAGGCCACCGGUGGAGAUUCGAGAGGACUUGCAAUACGCAGUGGAACCGGUAAAGAUAGUGGGCCAACAGGUAAAGAAGCUUAGGAACAAGGAGAUUCCUAUGGUAAAGGUACUUUGGAGGAGUGAUCGAGUCGAAGAAGAAACCUGGGAGACCGAGGUCUCAAUGAGGGAGCAAUACCCGUUUCUUUUCGAUUAGACACGUUGAUUUCGGGGACGAAAUCCCAAAUAAGGGGGGGUGAACUUGUAACACCGUCCCCAAAUAUAAUUAACUUUAUGUAAAUUAUGUAUCGAACAUGACGUAUUUAGUAAUGAAUUUACGAGGUUGUAAAUUUUUGUUAUUUCUUUUGCGUGGAUAGUAAAUUCCACGCGGGGCCCACACCCGGAGCGGGGGUAACCCGAUAACACGAGACCACAUGUUAUAUUCAUCUUGGUCUAGAUAAUAUUUACAUGGUGGUGGAAAAUGGGCCAUAAGAAAGGCAUUGGGUUGACCGGUUUGUCAAACAGGGCCCAAUUACCAGUACCGACAAUUUCUUCAGAUAACAGUCCGAAAUGAAUUUCGGAGACUUUAAAAUUAAAGUUGGGUAAUGUACAUUCAUUAUUAAGAUCCAUAAUUUCUAUGGACAUGUAAUAUAUUUUAUUUGACCCGAUAAAAUAAAAUAUGCUUAAAACAGUCCGAAAGAUACAACUUUCGGGGCCGAUUGUACAGUUCUAGACAUAUUGGGAUGACCUCCCACACAAGUGGGGGCCACCCCACGAAUUUGUGUGGGCUAUGAUAGGGGAGAGGACGGAUGAAUGGGAUGGGAGGGUGUAGGCAAUGUUGACUUGAAGAGAAUGGCAUCAAAAGGACAUUGGGAGGGUCCAUGCCAUGCUAUCAUUGUGUAAUAAGCCAAAAAGAGGGUGUUGCCUCUCACCUCCAUCAUUCAUUCGACCCAAGGCAUCCAAGAGGAGUAAAAGAGCUCUGCAACUCCAUUCUUUCAUAGCUAAUUUCGAGCUCAAGUCCAAGGCAUCCAAAGAGGGAGUUUAAAGAAGGGAAAAAGGGAAGAAAAGGUGUGGUGAUUAAGGAACUCGUAUAAGGUGAUUCAAUAGCUUUCACAAAGUUGAAGGAGUCGCCGGAAUAGUCGCCGGAGUUCAACCAAACUCGCCGGAGUUUCACCGGGGUUCAACCGAGAAGGGUAGAACUUCAUAACGCUCAUUCGAGGUUGAAGCUAAGGCUAGCUAUCCAUACUUUGCUUGGUGAAGUAUUCCAAAGGAAGACGUGGUUCGUGCUUCCUUUACUGUUUUAAACUACAAACUUGCUCAUGGAUAUUUUGUAAUAAAUACAUUUGCUUUGGGCCUGCGUGCCUACGUUUUGGCCAAGUGUGGCCCACGAUUGAAUAUUGAAUAUUUCCGCUAUUCGUUCAAUCCUAUUAUGUGAUGUUGUUAUGUAUGUUUACUUACUGAGUAUGGUAUGGACUAUGUUCAUGGACGCCUUGUUUGACUAAGUCACGUUGACUUGUGGGUGACGUCAUUUAGUCAUACGGCGGUUGUACACGCGCUCAGAUGCGGUCUGGGGCGUGACAGAGGGUGCGGAUCUUGUUGAAAUGAGUAGAGUCUGUGCCUUAGCCUCACGGACAUGCGCAUGGCGAGCUCGUCGAUCGUCUCGCCGCUCCGCAUGCGGACGACAUCAAACUCCUUGAGUAGAGACUAUGCCUUGGCCUCACGGACACGCUCAUCGCCCACACGCAUGGACUUGAUGGCGUCCCAUGUCUCCUUUGUCGUCGCCUUCAUGGCAAGCGUGGAGUGCAUCUUCAGUGGUACGGCUCGCAGAACUGCCACAAGCGCCACCGUAUCCUCGUUGAAGCUCCCACCACCUCGACAGCAUUCCACACGCUUUGGGCCUCCAUGUUCAACUUCAUGAUGAGCGCCCACUCGAUAGUUCAUCGCCGUCAACGUCGGGGGUAGACGACAGUGAGGGGAACGACCCAGCCCAUCUUCUAGCGGGCCGUCAGAUAUUUCCAGCCCAAAUGAUUCUUUUUGAUCAGGUGGAUCACUUGCCCAGAGAUGUCCGAACUAGUUAUUUCGCUGAUUUAUUUGGUAUUCCUCGUAUCCGUUUUUAAUUUUUAAUGAUUCAGUUUCUCACUUAUUUUCGUUCACAAACUUUGGGAAGGAAUGCCUUCUUCGGAGAGGUAUUGGCCUAGCCCCCCUCUCUUUUGUAUCCUUAUCUGUUUAAUAAAUCAUGGUAAAUGACCCCCGGCAUUUACCCCACUGAUUUUGGUGGUUUGCCUUCCGG